AUGUCCUUUCGCAAGCGCAACAUUGGUCUUUCGACUGGCGUUGACCGCACCACUAUCUCCAAUGCCGCCGCACCGCCAGCUCCAUCUGAGACCAUCCCAGGCAUUCGCCCCUCCCUCCCCGACGACGGACGCCCGACCACAUCGACCGGGGCUUCGUCUUUGGACAAUCUGCUUGCGGGCCAUGCAGGGCUACCCAUGGGAAAAAUACUGUUGAUUGAAGAAAAUGGAACUACGGAUUUCGCGGGGGCAUUGCUUCGAUAUUACGCCGCUGAAGGAGUGGUUCAAGAGCAGAAGAUCCAUGUGGUCGGGGUACCUGAACAAUGGGGUCGAAGUUUACCUGGUUUAAUUGGUACCGCGGAGUCGCUAGAAGAGAAGCGAUCCGACCGGCGCAAGGACGAGAAGAUGAAGAUUGCAUGGCGAUAUGAACGACUGGGUGAGUUCGGUGCGGGCGUAGCGGGCUCCCGAGGUGCUCCAAGUCCAGGCGGCACCAUCGAACAGAAUCCUGCAGCGGGACAGACGCCAGCUUUCUGCCAUGCGUUCGAUCUCACGAAGCGUCUCACCCACCCGGCUAUCACUAACAUGUCCUUCAUCCCACUCGCCCCCUCCAGGGACUCGCCUUUCACCUCGAUCCUCCAGAAGCUCCAGUCUUCAAUCGCCUCAAGCAGCUCAAAUACCAUUCAUCGAAUCAUCAUUCCAUCUUUGCUGAAUCCCACCAUGUACCCGCCCAACUCCUGUCAGCCCGAAUAUGCGCUGCAGUUCUUUCAUUCCCUGAAAGCUCUUAUGAGCGCACACGCGACCCGUGUCACUGCCAUGAUCACCAUUCCUUUAUCGCUAUUCCCGCGCACAUCGGGCCUUAUCCGUUGGAUCGAGUUGCUGAGCGACGGGGUCAUCGAACUCUGUCCGUUUCCUCAUUCGGCGGACGCGCUGGCGACGUCGGGCGCCGCGACGUCUGCAGAGGAACCCCCUCAGGGUAUGCUCAAAACACAUCGACUUCCGGUAUUGCAUGAGCGGGGUGGCGGAAGCGAUCAGAAUGUGGGACAGGAUUGGGCGUUCAUUCUUAGCCGCCGUCGUUUCGAGAUCAAGCCCUUUAGCUUACCACCAGCCGAAGGGGAUAAAGAAGCGCAAGAGGCCUCGGCUCCAAAUGGGAUGCCGAAGAAGUCGGAACUGGAAUUCUAG